CGCAGAUCAAUGAACUGAGCGGAACAGACGGGCUGGGCGAGCCGAUAACAGCGAGAGUCUGUGGGAUAAACGCCGCUCACCCUUCCGCUACGCAAAUUCUCCUGUUCGCUCGUAAAGAUACGUCAAAGUACGACUACAUUUUCGUGCAGUUCGGUCUCUAUGUUGUAUAGAGUCAGAUAUACAACUUUACCUUCUCGUCGCUUGGAUAUAAAAAGCACAGAAACAUUUGUAAGACAUUUACUCACCCGUCGGCGGAGAUUCGCGAGCUGAGGAUGAUUUUUGCCAAUUCUGGCCACACAGUGAGGACGUCGCAUUACCGUAAACAGCCCCCUGUUGGCCCCACCUCCCAUCCAAUGGCUCCGCCCAGUCCUGGAACCAACAGCACCAAUCACAGCAGCAGUAGCAGCAGCACAGUCGGCUGGGAGCAGCUCAGUAAAACUAACCUCUACAUUCGUGGGUUGCUACCGCAAACCACCGACCAUGACCUGGUCAAACUCUGCCAGCCAUAUGGAAAAAUUGUAUCAACCAAGGCCAUCUUAGACAAAGCCACAAACAAAUGCAAAGGUUACGGCUUUGUGGACUUUGACAGCCCUGCUGCGGCCCAAAAAGCCGUCAGUGCGCUGAAGACCAGUGGAGUACAGGCUCAGAUGGCGAAGCAACAGGAACAGGACCCUACUAACCUGUACAUAUCUAACCUGCCGCUGUCCAUGGAUGAGCAGGAGUUAGAGGCCAUGCUAAAGCCCUUCGGACAGGUCGUUUCCACACGUAUCCUGCGGGACGGCAACGGGGCCAGCCGAGGAGUCGGAUUUGCAAGGAUGGAGUCAACAGAGAAAUGCGAAGCUGUCAUCUCAAACUUCAAUGGGAAAUUUCUCAAAACCCCAGCUGGAGUUAUGGCACCGUCAGAGCCGUUGCUGUGUAAGUUUGCAGAUGGAGGACAGAAGAAGCGACAAAGUCAGAAUAAAUACAUCCAGAACGGGCGUGGUUGGGCGAGAGAUGGCGAGGCAAGACUUGCUGGAAUGACCCUCACAUACGACCCCACCACAGCUGCUAUGCAAAAUGGAUUUUAUCCGACCGCCUACAGUAUUACAAACAGAAUGAUCACGCAGACUCCAAUGUCUCAAUACAUCUCACCUGUGUCCACAUACCCGGUACAGAAUCCAUCCUGGGUCACCCAUCAGCCAUACAUCUUACAACAUCCUGGAGCUGUGAUAUCGCCCUCCAUAGACCACUCCAUGUCACUGCAGCCCACGUCCAUGAUGUCUCCUCUCUCUCAGCAGAUGAGUCACCUGUCAUUGGGCAGCACAGGAACGUUUAUGGCAGCUAGUCCAGCUCUUCAGGGGCAGUACAUCGGCCCAUACACACACAUGCAGACCCCUGCAGUCCCAGUCGAGGAGAACAGUCCACAACCUCAGGUGGAAUCCAGCAGCGAUCAUUCACCGUAUACCUAUCAACAGAGCAAGUGAUGAAAGAGGAUUGUAAGCGAGCAAGGCGACCUCUGAAUCAGUACCCGUUUCAUCUGAAGGACCGGAUUUACCCACAAUUCAACAUUUGCACAGAUUCAACAAUGAGUUCCUCGGUUUUGUAAUAAAACUACUUCAGCUAUUUUGGUGUAAGUUCCAGUAGGUGAUAUUUGUUUCAUGGACGGAUGAUGCUCUCCGACAAACAAAACGAUGAAAUAAGGGGAAAAGUUUUAUUUUAAUAAGGAAACAAAGCUUAUUUUCUAUCAAGGAUUGUCACUUAGAUGCAGAAACUAAAUGAGAUGUCCAUUGUUCUGAUUUUUAUGAUUUGAGAUUUGUGUGUUUAUUUUUUUCUCUCUUUAUCUUUUGUACUGAACUAGAGAUUUGUUUUAGUUUGUUUGCGGGACAUCCCGAGACAGAUGUGUUUGUGCUUGAGGUGUGAGUGUCGGUGAUGUGUUUUCCGAUCUGUUCGUCUUUUACAAUUUGCCUUAAAUUUUCUUGUACAGUAGCUCGAGAGGACGCCAGCUACUGCCUUGUAAAUCAGCCGACGAGUAGGGCUUUGCAUCUAGCAAAUGAAAAUUUCCGCUGUGCUUGGAUUUUGGUGUUUUGCUUUUUUCUGAUCUGCUUUUAGAGUACCGUUUCGAGUGCUAAAACUGAUGGUGUUUUAAUAAUAAUAGGAUUUAAUGUUUUUAUAAUCAAAGGUAAAGAUCCUUUGGUUGUUUGAAUGUGGUAGAAAUUCUGCUGAACGAUCACGUUUUUGAUAAAUGCCUUUGUUUUACAGUAGUCUUGGUGUUGUAGUUUAGAUCGAACUCGUGUGGAUGGGAACGUGCUUUGACUUCUAUUCCGAUUAUUGGGGAGGGGGCGUGGCCUGUCAGUCGGACCGACAUCAUCGUCGUACUCGGUUGUCGCGGGCAAACAUUCAUAGCAAGCCUUUCGUGACGGAGGUGAACGUAGAUGUAGAUAGAUUUCAGCGCGCAUUUAUAGAAGACGACAAAACUCGACACUUUCCAGUUUACUUCACCAAAGACGGUCAGCUAUCGUGCAAAAUCAACGGAUGUGACGUCAUUUUCUCUCAAGCGGGCCAUGCUGAGACUUUUGAACUGACGAGAUUGCAGUUUGAAGAACGUGCCUUCUUUGUACAAAUGCAUUCAGCUGUCUUUAGUAGUUCAGGUGUUGACAACAAUAGCAUGAAGGACGGAUCCAGCAAGUGCCACAAUCUAACGUAAAACAUCACUACAGAGAGGAGGAGACAAGUGAAACUUAAAGACGCAAAGAGGACAGGUUGAAAGAAUGGCUUUGUUUUGAAACCUAGUGGGCUAGCGCCUCGUCUAUUUAGGCGACAUACGAACACUUUAAAUAGGCAACAACCUAAACGUAUACAUUUUUAAAAGAAGAGAGCGAGAGAGAGAUUUAAAAGAGUACAGAAUACUGUAAUAACAACAAGACCACAAGCACACACAAAUAUUGGGUCAAACAUUUUUAAAUUCUCUCGCUCCAUAUUUUAGUAUUGCCGUGACCAAAGGCUAUGUGCUUCCUUAGUAUGCAGUGUGUAGGUAGCUCACUAGGUUUCGAGGCGGAGCCUUUAAAAUAACAAACACGUAGAUCACAGCGUGACAAGAAAAUGCUUUUUUAAUUAUUUUAUCACGAUAUACUUUUAGUAAGACUUUAUUCGUUAAUUUGUCUUCCAAAAGACUGUGUUUUUGACCUGGUGGUCUUGUUGACCGUUAUCUACCUCAAGAGUUUUUUUUCUCCUCUGUUUUGAUUGGUCGGGCUAGCAGGUUCAGCCCGCCCCUCCAGACCAAACGACAGCUCGGGAGCUGUGCGGAUACACUUGAUUUCUUUCAGGUUUUUUUUUUUUAAAUACUUUGACGCUCUUCUUCUUCUUCCUCAGACAAAUUUGUUUUUAUUGUUGUGGUUAUAAGGAAAGUUGUGCGUGAUUUAGUGUCGUCUAGCAUUCAGAUUCAUCGUUUCAAAGUUCAAACUGCUGCUUGUUCAUCACAGGAUAUUGUCCAUGUUGAAGUCCAUAGGAAAUGGAAAAAGAAAGUAAGCGAGAGAAUGAAAGUGAUGUAGAGAAACGGCUGUAGUGAUUUUUAGUGCCCUCGUGUCUUUCCAAACCUGCCUGCUGUUAUUUUUACUGUGGAACACAAACGGGCAGGAAGAGGCAAUUUUCCAUGAGCCAAAAUUUUAGACUGUUACUCACAUACAUCUGUCAACGAACAGUAAAAUUCCUCAGUAAAACGAACAGCAUACGUGUUUAAAAUGACAUGCAAGUCAUAGAGUAAAGGAAAUGUUAUCCCUGGAAGUGGUUUUCCCAGGAUCUGUACUCGAGUCCAGACAUACUUACGCGGUGUAAUCCACGGUGCUCAGCUCACAACAGCGUCCACUCCUGAAGUGUUUGUGUGCUUCUGUGUGUCUGUGGUACCCAAUGAAAGUCACUGUGGAGUUGUUGUGUAGGUCAUGCUGCUAGUAACAUCUGAAUCCAAAGUGCCAAUCUGCGUCUGGGUCAGAAGAGUUGGAAAGUGUGUGUGUGUAGAGAGAAAUGCUCAUGAAUAUGAAAAAUCAUGUACUAGACAGCCAUUAAGUUAUAUGACAAAGUAAUAAUUUAUGAAGAGAGAAGUUUUGUACAGACUGUUUGAAAAAUUUGAAAAAAAAAUUGAAAAAGAUUUUCAUAGAGAUAACUAUAUGAGAUUUAAUUUUGUAAAUUUUUUCUGUGUGUGUGUGUGUUUUACAUGUGCCACACGCUUGCCAGUGGUAACUUGUAUGUUUGGUUUAUCAGAAAUCUUCUGUAUUUUUCUUUCUGGAGUGUUUAAGCCAAAAAAAACCUUAUUUCCUUUGUUUCCAGUAGAUUAUUAAUUGAGCUUUAUUUCUGUUCAUUUCUUUGAGGACUUUUGAAUAAAAACACAAAUUUUGUUUUAA